GGUGUCUCACAAUAAAUUCAAGAGGAUUUUAGUUUGCCAGAAAUGUUGCAAAUGCACUAAUUUUAGUAAGAUGUUGAUACUUAAUAUUAUCCUCUUGAGACAUAAUUUUGCAUGCAAAAUUAUCCCAUAAUCUUUGUAGGUUUGUUAAUAAUGAUGCAUUAAUGCCCUAUAUCUAAAUGAUCUUCUCCCCCCCUCCCCCCUCCAUAACUCUUGGUAUCUAAAUUGAUGACAGCUCUGACACAAGCAAGAUAACAGUGCUGUGUAGUAUACAUUUGUUUAUAUUAUCGGCACUUCUCAGUUUAGGUGGAAGGAACCAUUACCUUUAUUUAACAGUGGUUUUUCUUUUUUGUUGUUGUGUUUUACAGUUCUUUUCCCUGGUUCAGCCUGAACUAUAUACCAGGCCCUGCUGAAAAUACCACCCAACAGUUUUCUUCUGCAGCUUAUCCAGUUUCUCUUAAGUGCCCUGUACAUAUUGUAUGUUUUAUGAUGAGAUGCAGUUUCUUAAUAUGUAUUACAGAAAUACUACUGGUAUUUGCAAAUAUGUAGUUUAAUUGUAUUAUUGAACUCUCAUUUUGGGGGCUUGGGCACAUUAACAGAUUAAUCCAUCUGUAUAGGGCUUUUGCUGUUGGAUAGAAUUUAAAUUGUCUACAUAAAUAUUUGUCUUAGGGCCCUUAGAUUUUAUCUGAAUACACAGAUUAGGCUUUAAAAACAGACAUACAUGUUGUUUUUGGCUUUAGGAGUUUGGCUAAGCUAGCUUUUCAACUGACACUAUGUAGCAGCAUUUUUGGUAUGGUUAGCAUGGCACAUGUUGGAACAUAAGGCAUUUUACUAUACAGGUAAGGAAUGUGCCAUGUUGUUUUACUUAUUCUCUCUCUCUUUCUCUCUCACUCACUCCCACACACACAUCCUGUGUGUAUUCAGAGACCUUCAGAAACAUUCAUUUUCAUGAGUCAGCAAAAGCCCUACGCUUGAUUCCAACAGAAUAUUUCCUUUACAUACUUUUCUUCUCUUAAUUUUUACAAAAUUUGUAUGGUAGGUGUAAAAGAAAAUCAUAGUAACUGUACCAUAUUAUUAACCCCUAAAUCAAACUUUUUUUGUCUUGUGUAUCUUGAUUUUUCUGUGUGCUUUAUAGUGAAGCAGCCGACACGAGUCGUUGUUCAUAAAACAGCUUUUGAAAGUUGAGAGCACACCCCUGGAGAACCGACUGUGCUUGCUUACGUUUGGUUCAUGACUUAAAAAUCGAGUACAGGAGUUAUUCCUGAUGAGACUAAGGCUUUGUCUCUGUUGGCACCAGCUAACGCAGUGGCAGGUCUUCUGCCUGGUGGUGGACUCCUGCCUACUCCUAACCCACUUACCCAGAUUGGCGCUGUUCCAUUGGCUGCUUUGGGAGCUCCUACUCUUGAUCCUGCCCUUGCUGCACUUGGGCUUCCUGGAGCAAACUUGAACUCUCAGUCUCUUGCAGCAGAUCAGUUGCUGAAACUUAUGAGUACUGUUGAUCCCAAGUUGAAUCAUGUAGCUGCUGGUCUUGUUUCACCAAGUCUGAAAUCAGAUACCUCUAGUAAAGAAAUAGAGGAAGCCAUGAAGAGAGUACGAGAAGCACAGUCCCUAAUUUCUGCUGCUAUAGAACCAGAUAAGAAGGAAGAAAAACGAAGGCACUCGAGAUCAAGAUCACGUUCUAGGAGGAGGAGGACUCCCUCAUCUUCUAGGCACAGGCGGUCAAGAAGCAGAUCAAGAAGGCGAUCACAUUCUAAGUCAAGGAGUAGACGACGAUCCAAAAGUCCAAGACGGAGAAGAUCUCAUUCCAGAGAGAGGGGUAGAAGGUCAAGGAGCACAUCAAAAAAUAGAGACAAAAAGAAAGAAGACAAAGAAAAGAAACGUUCCAAAACACCACCAAAAAGUUACAGCACAGCCAGACGUUCCAGAAGUGCAAGCAGUUUGCACAUUUGUGGUUCUAGAGAGAGACGACGACGAAGAAGCAGAAGUGGCACAAGAUCUCCUAAAAAGCCUAGGUCUCCCAAAAGAAAAUUGUCUCGCUCACCAUCCCCUAGGAGACAUAAAAAGGAGAAGAAGAAAGAUAAAGACAAGGAAAGAAGCAGAGAUGAAAGAGAACGAUCCACAAGCAAGAAGAAGAAAAGUAAAGAUAAGGAAAAGGAACGGGAAAGAAAAUCAGAGAGUGAUAAAGAUGUAAAACAGGUUACACGGGACUAUGAUGAAGAGGAGCAGGGGUAUGACAGCGAGAAAGAGAAGAAAGAGGAGAAGAAACUGACAGAGCCAGCUUCUCCUAAAGCAAAAGAGUGUUCUGUGGAAAAGGGAACUGGUGACUCACUAAGAGAAUCCAAAGUGAAUGGCGAUGAUCAUCAUGAAGAAGACAUGGAUAUGAGUGACUGAAUAUUGCCUCUGUGGGAAUCCAACUGUAUACGUGCAUCAGUGUCAUUCCUCUGUGUGAUUUCUUAAUGCUGUAUUUGUUCAUCUCAAAUCUAGAUGUAUACAGCUCUGAGUCAUAAAUGGUUAUAAAGCUCUUGAUGUUGAUAUUUGUUAUUUACAUCCAAAAGCUUUUAGAAAAAUGAUACAUGGGUAACCAGUUAUUGACAGGUUGAAAUCUGAUUGAGUAAACAAGCAGUUUUACUAUUCUGGUGCUGCUUCAUAACAAAAAUGAAAAGCUGCAUGCAUCUACAGCAGGCAUGGAUUGUUUAUGUUGUAUGAUCUCCUUUAUUAAGUUCACUUAUAGUAUUUCUAGAAUUUGAUUCAUUGCCGUAAUAGAGCCAUGUAGGGAAUGCACUGAUUGCAUGUUAAUUGUGGCAGGAAUAUCCUAAAUGUCAUUCAAAUCCUCCAACAUGAUGGAUCUACUUAUGGUCUUGUUUGUUGACAUGACAAAUUAAACAUUCUUAUAGUUACAUCUGGAAAUGAGCAUUUGAAAUAGAUAAUCCUUUAAGCCUUGUGGCUAAAUUUUUGUGGCUUUUGUUUAACUUUGAAGGGUUAUAUAUGCACUAACCUUUUUUGAUGGCUAUAAUUAGGCUUUAAUUACAGAAACAAGAUUUCAAUGAAACUGUCUUUGGCAGUAAGUAAAUAGCAUAUUUUGGAGUAGAGUUGUAUACUUUUUCAUAAGGUGUUUGGGAAUUUUUUUUCCUAAAAUAAUUCAUUGAACAUCUACAUCAGUGAAAGUUAUCUGCCUAUCCUGAAGUCCAUCUGUAAAAGAAAGUUAUCUCUUGUCCUGAUUUUCAAUUGUCCACUCUUUUAUUAAUUUGUUUUAAUCUCAUUGUUGGAAAAGGGGGAUAGUGCAUUUUAAAUUGACCUUCAUAUGCUUUUAAAAAUAAGACAGAUCUACUUGAUAAUGUACUUUUUAUUUGAUCUCAAGUUGUAUAAAACCAAUAAAUUUUGUGUUACUGUUACUGCAGUAGUAAUCUUAUGCACACAGUGAUUCCAUGUUAAAUGCAAAGUAGUUAGGCAACUGUUUUCUUACAGGAGUUUCCAAGCUUCACUUUUGUGCAGUAAAAACAAAAGUAGGCUACAGUCUGUGCCAUGUUGAUGUACAGUUUCUGAAAUUGUUUUACAAGACUUUGAUAAUAAAACCCUUAAACUUA